AUAAAUUUGGGUGAUGCACCUCCAUUUGACUUUAGUUUACUAAUCGGCAUAUUUUUCUUGAUUGGUGAUUCAAAAAGGAUAACGGCAAAGCAAUGGAUUCUGACGAUGAACAAAAAAUGGCAAUCAUGCGCAAGGCGUUCCAGAUGUUUGACACAACAAAGUCUGGAUUCAUCGACACCUUGAAGAUCUCAACUAUUUUGAAUACCAUGGGUCAAUUAUUCGACGACAGCGAAUUGCAAAACCUCAUCGGAGAAAACGACCCCGAAGGCACUGGCAAAGUAAACUUCGACGGAUUCUGCGCGAUCGCCGCCCAUUUCUUAGAAGAAGAGGACGAUGAGGCGAUGCAGCAGGAAUUGAAAGAAGCCUUCAGGCUGUACGACCGCGAAGGAAACGGUUACAUCACAACCAGCACGCUGAAGGAGAUCUUGGGAGCGCUCGACGACAAACUCAGCUCGUCCGACUUGGACGGAAUCAUCGCGGAAAUCGAUACUGAUGGAUCAGGAACUGUCGAUUUCGAUGAAUUCAUGGAGAUGAUGACUGGAGAUUAAAUCAACAUAAAGAUAUACUAUUAUUAAUUUAACAUCUACUUGAACCAAAACCAAUUGCAAAAACAAUUUUUAAUAGGAGAAUUUGUGAAGUUCGAGAUCUAAACUUUAAAUUGCAAUUAGGUAUAUAUUGCAUAGCAAACGAGUCAAUUUUAAGCUAGCUGUUAUAAAAUAAUUAAUAUAUGUAAACUCCCAGACUUUUAGUUAUAAAUAAUAUAAAUAUGACAAUUUUUCAAUGAGUUCAUUAGCUUAAUAUGUUGUGUACGUGUGCCAACGACAAAUUAACGUGAUAUUGGAAUAUUUUUGCUGAUAACUAAAUAUAGACAUUUUUAAUUUAUCUUAUUUAUUGAUUAAAUUUAAAUAAAAAAAAUGCUGUAAAAAGUGACAAAAA